UUAUAAACACAACGAUUGUUUCUAGGUUUAUGCAGUGCAGAUGACAUGGUCGGAUGGUCAAGUUAAUGUAGUUUCUCGACGCUACAGCGAGUUCUUCGAUCUUAUGAAAAAAUUGACAGAAAAGUUUGAAGAAAGUGGGAAAAAAGGCAAAGAAAAAAUUAUCCCAACACUUUCAGGAAAGAGAAUGGGCUUUCUUGGUAACAGUGCAAUGAAAAGACUUGACUGUGUUACAUCAUUCACUAAGAAACUCUUUCUCUUGCCACCACAAAUAUCGCAGAGUCAAAUAGUACACGAUUUCUUCAAACCCACUUUUGCAGACAUUCGCAGUUCACGAAGAUCGACAAAAAGAGGCAAAAAAGGUCGUCUUAACAACAAACAGAUGAAAAAGAAAUUAGUAAAACAGCUGAGUAUCACUGGACCUAUAGCCUUUGAAGAGUACUAUGCUAUCGAUGAUUUUAAGAAACAGACAAAAGGUGGUCUUGACUUGAAGAAAGGACAAGUGGUUGAAGUCAUCGACAAAAAUGAAAGUGGUUGGUGGUUUGUGUCCAUCGAAGGGGAACAGGGAUGGGUUCCAAAAUCAUACCUUGAGCAUGAAGACCGCGAACAUGAGAACAACAGUUCAAUUACAUUUGARCCAGGCACUGGUGAAAUUUAUGUCACCACCAAGAAGUACAAGGCUCAGCAACAAGAUGAACUGAGCUUUGAUGUUGGUGUUCAUUUACAAAUAAUUGAAAAACACAACGAUGGUUGGUGGAAAGCAACAUAUUGUGGACGCGAAGGCAUGGUACCAAAUAAUCAUCUGAAGCUGAUUGGUCAAGCAAGMAAAGAAGACACACAUUCRAGCAGCGAGGCGAAAGCUGAAGACACUACAGGAGGAGAUAAAAAGAAGAUGGAGGAAAAUGGCAAAAACAAAGUUUUUAUUAGAAACAGCAGUCGCCAACAAUCAAGGAGUGAUAUUGAUGAUGAUACUCUCAAGAGGCUCCGUCUAUCAACAUGCACKGUACCAGAAGAAAAUGGCACUAUGGACAUGUCCAGMAGSAAAAGUGCUGCUGAUGUACCCAAGAUACAUUUACAAGUCAAAAAGUCUUCRGAUGGCGGAUGGGUACCACAGGACCACGUGAGCCGCAGUGCUAGUUUUAGCGAUGGAAGAAAAAACGGGACAAAGGUGAAAAAGAAUGCAAGCUUUUCUGGAGGUAUAUUCAAGUCCAAGGCUAAAAAGGCUGAAGAUCGCUCAGUAUCUACGCUUGCAGAUAUGUUUUUAAACGAGUUUGUCAUGUCCCGUCGCAAUUCAGCCCCACAAAUUCUACCUUACCAACCAACUGAAGCCAAGCAGGAAUUUCCGAGKGCAGUCUCAUUAACAGUGCCACAAAAUCUAACAGCGCCGGCUGAAAGUGAACAAGAGYUGUCACCAACGUCUCAGCACAAAAAAGUCAAAAGGACGGCACCAAUUCCUCCUCAAGAUGGUGCAGGUUUGAUCCACAGUAAGGCAAAGUCCCUUCCAAGAGAACUGUCACCAAAGCUUAGCAAAAGACGUGAAACAGAAGAUUCCAACACCCCAUACCAUAAGCAAACACACCAACAGCGGCCUAGGCCAUCUCUCCCCGAUAUGRACAUAGGAGAAAAMAAUCAAGAAUUACAAGCUACACCAGAUCUUAGGGAGUGGGAAAAACUCAACGAUCUUGACGAGGAAAGCAGCGACUCGGACGAGUCAAUCGAAGAUAUCAUCGUAACCUAUGAAGACCUUGAACAUGAACAGACYGAAGAAAARGAUGUCCGAAAAGACAGUGGAUUUAGUGACAGUUCAACACUUCCACGAUAUUCAASCAAAGUGUACAUCGCAAAAGCGGACUACAAUGGCAUCGAGGAUAACGAGGAGAUAGAUCUAUCCAAAGGUCAACAAGUAGUGGUUCUGGAUAAGAUCGAGAGUGGUUGGUGGUUGGUUGAAUCAAAUGGGACAAGAGGAUGGGCACCUUCAAACUACCUGGUAGAAUUACAACAAGAUCCAGAAGCAGAGGAAGACAAGAUAAUCACUAAGGRASAAAAAGAGGAAGAGACUGCUCCCUCUUCGACUUCUGACAGUGCUUUUUCUGAAGGCAGUGAAUUGGCAAACAAGAAGUCAGCUCAAUCAACCAAGCAAGCUGAUUUCUACAUUGCAAUUGCCAACUACAACGGUGUGAAAGAAGAUGGCGAAGUCAACCUAAUCAAAARCCAGAAAGUGCUUGUUUUGCAGAAGACAUCUGACUGGUGGUUGGUGGAAAGCGAAGGUGAAGUGGGAUGGGCUCCGUCAAAUUAUUUGGAAGAAAUUUCGAAGGACGAAAAACCUGAUUAUUAUAACGAGGAGUGUCGCGAGGUCCCAGAUGUGGCAGCUCUCCAUCUUUCAAAAGGUUCUCGAUUCGAGGUGUUGGAUGCCCACGAAAACGGUCAAUAUGUGUUGGUCAGGGUUCCAGCCAAAGUUGGCUGGCUUCCCAUGUCAUCUUUUGACGAGGAGACAUUGCUUCCACACUGUAAAACUGAUUCUAAGUAAGACAUCAAUUGACUUUCAGACAUAAUCAGUCUGAAUGGGUAACACAAAGACCUUUUGUCACUAGUGAUUUAGGUAUAGCUUUGCUUUGUUUUUAACUAUGAACCGCCAUAAGUAGAAGUCGAAAAGUUCCUUUAUCAAYGCAAGUUGAAGAAAUCUUAAAACAUACUCGGUGCAGAACAAGCUCCAGCACUUUAUGAAAAGGGAGGGAUUUUGAGGGCGUGAAGUCUUGUAAGAAUCGAACGUUGGAGGCGAGAGGAACUAGAAUGGGGCCGGGGGCCACGGUCUUCUAUCGGGAAAAUUUUAAAAUUGAGAUCCUGAGACAGGAUUAUUCAGGAAUUAUUCAGGAAAACGGAGAGUCGCGGCCCCUAGUGGACCAACUUUAAAACAGCAGGCUAUUUUCGAGUCGACACAUGUUUCUGAAUAUUGACACCAUUAUUUUGAAUUGUGUAUUUUCAAGAUAUUUUGACAUAUGCUACACUGCAGCAAUAAGUGGCACUGUCUAUCUUGAUGGUCAAAAUAUCUCGUCUUCAAUAUAAAUUUUAAGCCCUUAACUAUAGGUACACCGUUUUCAGGUGCCGAUAUUUUAUGAAUAGACAAUAUAAAUGCCAUACUUUAUAAUAUUUUUAAUAAAAUUGUCAACAUGUCUCA